AUGGAGUGCCUGAGUGGUGGCGUCGUGGAGGCGGGCAAUGGGCUGCAGGAGGCCCCCUUCGCCCCUCGCACAGCGAAAAAGGAGGCAGCUAUGGCAAACGUUGUGCUGGCGUCCACGCCCUACGCUGCUCCAACGCCACAUUCGGAAGCGGAGAGCGGCCAAUUCGAGUCUUCUUACAGCGACGGCGCCUCACGGAAGGCUGUCCACGCGCCUCACUCUUUCGUUCGCCGUGGAGAGGCAGGGACAACGGAUACGUCAGCGUGCACCCGCCCUACGAUCGGGGUGCAAUCAAGCGGCGUCGGCGUCCCGACAGGCAGCUCAGCAUCGUCUUUUGUGCGACAAGACGGCGAGGCGGCGCUGCACACAGAAAGCGCGUACGAUGCGGAGGGUGCAUCUUCUCUGCCAGCCCCGUCGGCGAUCAUCGCGAAGCAGUACACGGAGGCGGUGACCGAGAUGGAGGCGAUGCAGGUGCGACUGGACGUCGCGGAGCGGGAGGCGGCGAAUCUCCGCGAGAUGUGCGUCACACGUGACCUCCGCUGCGACGACCUGGAGACGCAACUGUUGGCCAAAGAGGAGCAGCUGCUGCGGUACGCUCAACAGCAGCAGCAGCAGGGGUCGUCUUCGGUGAUGGAGCGCAGCGCCUCGCUGCCGGCCGGUGAUUCAAGUGUGAACGGGGAAGGGAGGGUGAGCAGUUUGCUGAAGGGUGAGCCUAUUGAAGCGUGUGGUGCGGAGUCAGGAGAGUGUUUAGUGGCACCUGCCGUGCAGCUAAAGCCGCUGAUGGCUCAACUUACAGAGUUGCUGGUUAACGUGCGGCGCGUGCAGGACGACUAUCCUGUCGACAAGGAAUCCUUGGAAGCAAACGAUACGGCGACGCCUUCAGGAAAGCAGUCGCCGCUACCCACUGACAUCAACUACUGCUCUGCUCGUACCGAACACCUCUCUCUUCCAUUGUCGAACUUGGAGGCGGGCGGUGCCGAUGACGCCACGCAGCUGUCAUCACUCGUGUCCCUGGUGUAUCAGGCAGUGUUGAAGGUCUCGCAACAGUACGCCGCGCUGCAGGCGGAGCUGGAGGUGGUGCGGGCAGAUCGCAAUGAGUUAAUUGGAGAGCAGAGUGAGCAGGUGCGCCUUCUUCAACAGCAGCUGCUUGAAAAGGACAGGGAACAGCUGCGGCUGAUGGAGCGCGUAACAGCUGCUGAUUUGGCGAGCAGAAAGGAGGCGGACCCACCGGAGCCUUUGAAAGAGAAGUCUGCUUCCCCAGUGGUGGACGAUGCCCAUGACGUGCGUGAUGGAGCGCUGUCUGCGCCAUUAAUCGUUCCCCCAGAGCGCGCUGCGGCAGAGGAUCACAGCCACGUACUUGCUGAGCAAGUCGAAAAACUGAAGGUGCAACUCGCAGAAGCAAAGGCAGCAGCGGCGGCUGCACAGGACGCACAGCGCAAUGUGCUAACGGAGCGCCUAGAGCGGACCCAAACGGAGUUGAAGCAGACCCGCCUACGCGCAGAGGACGAAUACGACCGCCUCUCUGGCACUAUUGAGAUGCUGACGCGUGAGUUGACAGACACGAAAGAGGCCCUUCGCAUCAAAGAAGUGUCCCUGCGCAUUGCCCUGCGCACGUCGUCGCCGGCCAUGUUGCUGGCGGCGUCGGAAGAGCCCACAGGCGACCCCGCUUCGAGUGUUUGUGCCGCCACAGCAACGAGUGCACCGUUUCUAACGGCAGGCCUGCAGAUGACAUCGCCACUUGCGCUACCGCCGCCGCCUGUCGCAGUGCAGGAAGCGGCGGCGGCCGCCACCACGCGAAGCGAUCGAGAAGACGAGAACAGACGUCAAUACAGCCUCCGCACCUCUCCGUCUCCGCCCCCUGCGCCAUUGUCUCCAUCACACCUACGCAUCAUCGUCGAGGCGGAGGAAAGCAACGGAGUGGCCACAGUCUCCCAAAGCGAUAGAGCGAGCCGCGCCACUUCUUCACCUCCCCCAUCGCCGCUGCACCAUCGCGGCAAGAAGUUCGUCGACGAUGGCACGUUGCGCACGCUGCCGUCUUCUGUUCUUACCGAGGCGGAAGGUGAAGACAGCGAAAACGAACGCCUGCGCGCAGCGCGUUUUGCGGUAUCGUCCUCUUCACGGGAGAAGUCAUCGCGUGGGUUGACGACGUCCACGGGGGUUGAGAGCCACACGCCGUCGUCGUCGCUUCCGCGCGGACGCAGCAGCAGCAGCGGCGGCGGCAUCGCGGACAGCGCGCUCGAACACGUUCAAAGCACUCUGACUGCUGUACGUAGCGAAGGCACAGAGCAGGCGACUCGAAAUACGAUAUCAGGAUCUGCUGGGGAGUCGUUGUCCUCUGCGGUGGAUGGCGCCCCUUCUGGUGUCAGAGAGUCUGCGACGCGCCAGGAUGCCGCACUUGCAGCCUCGCCUUGGGCCAAGUCAGCUACGGGCGUUCGUCGAAGCGCAUCUGCACGCUUGGCGGACGCACUCGUGGAGGAAGAAGAGGAGUUGCCCUUGCCGUUGCCGCUGCGCGGUCCUCUGUUUCGCCCCCUUCCGUCGUCGCUCUCCACAGCGUCGACCUCACUAUCGCCUCACUCGCCGCACCCGAUGGAAUCUACCAGAGCAGGUUUUCGAUCCAACACGUCCACGUCCCUGCUGCCUCUGAACAGCGAGCCGCAACGGCGACAGACACCACGGCAGCUGUCGACGCCAUCUUUAUCACUGGAAGAGCGGCUGCGCAACUUCCUGAACUCCUCGGCUGGCAUCGCCGCGGCCGCCCUCGACAAAACGGCGGCCAUAACUGGCGUGAAUCAGGUGAGCGCCUCCCCAGCUACAAGGAGGCAGACGGAGAGGACGUCUGAGCCUGACACGCCGAUCUCCACCUUCAAGGACGAGCAAGCAGAGAUGACAGGGCACGUCGGUGCCCGGCUUGCGGUUCCCGAGGACGGCGCCACACCGGCUCGAACGCCCAUCUCCCUGCUGUCAGAGCGUAUGAGCAGCACCCCUCUGUGGGCAGCCUCGACACCGUCCUCCCGCUUUGGCGGGUCACCGCACGUCAGCGAAGUGGCGGCGCGACACACACAGGCGUCACUGCGUCGUCACCGCGAGGUCUGGCAGCAGCAGGAGUCUCUUCUGGAGUCGCUGCUUAGUUCACCUUCUCCGUAA